CCCCCCCCCUCCCCCCCGCGCGCUAUGAGUUCUGCUGCCUCGUCACUCGUCAGGGCCCCUCCGCACCGAGCGCGACUCCCGCUUAUUGUGUUCCCAAGUGACAGAGAAGCUGCUGAGAAGUGAGAAAAGAGGAAAAGAACAGGUGAAAACUGGCGACUCGACCGGAGAGACGGGGUAAUAAAUACAUUUCGAAAAAAAGGAGAGAAGCCUAAAAAGAAACCCUUUUUCGGAGACUCCGCGAGGGAGAAUUGUUUGCUGUAGGCUAAUUAAAUCCAAGAAAACGGAGUGGCAUCUAGUUGUAAAACAAGCCUUCUUAAGGUUCAUCGGGGGAACACCGGGAAACUCUCCCUGCCUUACUUUUUUAAAGGGGAAUAGACCCACGGUUUAAGGUGUGAAGACGACCGGAGAAGUUCGUCGUUCUGGUCCGGUAUGUUGGCGUUUUGCCUGCUGAGUGCCGUGUGGCUCGCGGCGAGCCCAGCCCGCGCUCAGAACGAGACGGAACCAAUCGUCCUGGAGGGGAAGUGCCUAGUGGUGUGCGACUCCAACCCGACCGCGGACCCCACAGGCACGGCGCUCGGGAUCUCGGUGCGCUCGGGCAGCGCCAAGGUAGCGUUCUCCGCAGUCCGGAACACUAACCAUGAGCCAUCUGAGAUGAGCAACCGGACUAUGGUCAUCUACUUCGACCGGGUUCUAGUUAACGUUGGGAAGAACUUUGACGAGGAGAGAAGUAAUUUCAUCGCGCCGCGCAAAGGGAUUUACAGUUUUAACUUCCACGUAGUGAAGGUCUACAACCGCCAAACUAUACAGGUGAGCCUGAUGCACAACGGCUGGCCGGUGAUUUCGGCUUUUGCCGGCGACCAGGAUGUGACGCGCGAGGCGGCCAGUAAUGGUGUUCUGAUACAGAUGGAGAAGGGAGACCGGGCCUACCUCAAACUGGAGAGAGGAAACCUAAUGGGAGGAUGGAAAUACUCCACCUUCUCCGGCUUCCUGGUGUUCCCCAUGUAGAGGAAGAGCGGGAGGAAGAGGAGGAGAAGGAGGAGGAGGAGCAGGAGGUGGAAACAAAGGAGGAGAAGCUGCUGGAAGAUGGAAAGUAUGAUGAUGACGGGGAAAAGGCAGAUGGAGGAAGAGGGGCAUGGGAAAGAGAAAAAAGGACGUGGAUAAGAUGGUCGGAGAGGAGGAAAGAAGAAGAGGGAACGUGACAACAGACUCUGUUUGGGAUGCUGCAGAGGGAGGAGGGAGAGGAAGGAUGAGAGAUGUUAGAAAGAUGUAAGAGCAUGACACAGAAUGAUUAUAUGAGGGUACAACAAGAGAAGAAUUGUGAAGCCAGUACAUGAAAAUGUAUGGCCAGCUUCUUCACUUCCCCUUCUCUUUUCAUCCAUCCUCUCAUCCAUCCGUUCCUCCCUCUGUUUUCUCUGUGGCUUGACUGCAGCUUUGGACAGCCAAAACUUUUUUUAUUCUCUGCUGAAAGACGCAAUUGAUCAUUUAUAUGUUCCAGAGUGUUCUAAAGUCCGAGUGUACCCCCCCCCCCCCCCAUUAAAUCAUUAAUUCAUUAAUUCAUUAAUUCAUUUAUCUCUUUCAAAAUAAGCUUUGAAGAAUGUUUCUUGAACAGUUGCUCCCCACUCCUAUUUACAAUGGCCAUAUUUGUAUCUUUUUUUCAUGAUUGACAUAAAUUGCACUGAUUUUGGAUCAGCGUCUGCCCCAAAGUCAAACUAGAAUUUUUAUAGGGGAAACACUAAACUGAUCACAAAAUCAGGUGCUCAAGACACAUUUUCAUCCCCUGUAAAGCCGUGGUUUAUAGUUAUCAUAGUAAUUA